CGACACGUCUUCGUUUCCUCCCUAUUAGCCACCCGCGCGGCCAUUCCCCUCCUCCCCCCAUCCUCUCUCCUCUCACUCGCCAUUCCAUCAUGCCAACAUGCAGGCGCAAGCGUGUCGUCCUCACAGAGCCAUCCCAAGCCCUCCUGCAGGUGGCAGAAAACAACCCGGACAAGGAUGUUUACUAUCUCCAACAAACAGGAGAGAUCUUUGAAACAUACGAGGCCUAUGCGGCGAGGAUGUCAUUCUACAGACUCAAGCAGUUCCAAUGUGAAGUCACCGGCAAAAGUGGCCUCGACUACUUUCAGGCGCUCGAAAGUGAACAGCAAGAGGCGCAGACAAUGCACUCCAGGUUCCCCGAGCCACUGAAAGCUGCAGUACUCAGGGCUGUCCAAUGGCAAGUUGUCGGCCGUCUAGAUCAUCUCGUGGAAGCCGUUUUUGACCGGUUCAAGGACCGCUACUUUGCAGACGAAAAGGUCUAUGUCGACGUUCAGGGCGACAAGUUCUACGCCAGGAUCCUCCACGUUUAUCCGCCAAAAUCCGGGCCCAAUAACAUGGACACCGAGAAACAAGCUUCAACAUCCACCUCCCCACCAGUCUGCACCCUUGAAGAAAGCACACAAAUACAUAAGAUUGGCGGAGACCUCAAGAUUCCUGCCAAGGAAGCAUUGGCUCUAGACGACCCGCUCAAAUACCUUUACAAGGUUCAAAUUCUCGAAGAACAGCAUGACAGGAGUCAUGAGAAAGGCAAGCUUUCGUUAAAGGAGAAAGUGAAGUGGAGCGGCAGUGUGAUGGACGUUCAGUGUACGGUUAUGAGUCGUGAUCGCCUUGCAUUCUCCAAGUCGAUCCUCCGACGGUUUAUCCGUGACUGUGUGGACCGUGAUGCCGCAGUGGCCUCACCAUGGACUGUGAAAGAAGCCGUUGCGAAGCAUUAUGGCGUCGAUUCCGUGAUGCCAGAAGAAACUCGAAAAGGAGUGGAAAAUAUCAAACGCGGCGAAAUCGACAAGCGUAAAAAGGCCUGGGAGGACAAAGAUGGUCCCCCGACCAAGAAGCAAAAGAAGAUGACAGCAGCACAGGAAGAAAGAGUGAAGGCUCUUGCUGCCGCUGCGGAAAAGCGGGAAAGGGAGGCGCGGGAGAAAGCAGAAAAACAGAAGGCGAAGGAGGAGGCUGAGCGACUCGCAGCCGAGAAAAAGAAGAAAAAACCUAUUCGUUACCCAACCGAAGAUUUGGACGUCCACAUCUCCGAGAAAGACAAAAAAUCCGGCGUGAGGGUGAAGAAGCCAACUCCUAGUCGAACCCUUCUGCCUUUCUCCGAGGAUCCAGCCACAUUUGAGUCUUUCCUCAUGGCUUGGAAUUUCCUCGUCGUCUAUGGUCAACCCUUGCAUCUCUCUGCACUUACCAUGGAUGAAUUUGAACACGCGCUUCGGCAUUCUGCCGCAGAAACCUCUUGCGUCAUGCUUGGCGAGAUUCAUUCCACGCUGAUUUACAACCUGCGUACCGUACCUUUCAACCGUCAUAGUGCAGUCCUUUCAUUGUUACGCAUGAAAGAUGUACUCGAAGAGAAUCACAAAGUGUUCGGUGUCACCAUCGAGCAACUUACAGCGGUCAUGGCAGACGUCGGAAACAACUGGGAGCGUGUACCCCUUCGGCAUGCAGACUUUAGGAAUGGUUGGGAGGAUGCACUACUUGGAUGUCUUAAGGACCAUGCCACGACCAACAAUUUCCCGCGUCUCCGAGAAAUUCUCACGAGAUUACUUUUCGCCCCUGAGACCAACUCGGAGUCUUCAGCUUCUUCCUCCAGUUCCCGAGUAUCAAGCGCAACCCCACAGGUCUUAUCUAUUGCAUCAUUACCCAGUGAGCGUUAUCAUAGCCUACCGCCCGCCGAUCGUAUUGCAAUCUUGGCGUUCAUGUGCAACCUCGCCGUUACCAGCAAGGCAAUCCAUGCUCACAUGGAUGGUUGCGAGGAACAAUUGACAGCAUUACGCAAAGAAAAAAUUGAGGUUAACCGCAUGAAGAAACAGUAUACCGAGGAGAUGAACGCUCUUUCAGGCGAAGUCGAGGCCAAACAGAACCAGACCGUUAAUGGUGCAGAAGACAGUAUCGCACAGGACCUGAGUGACCUAUCGGAUUCACCUUCGGAAGAAGGCUCAGAGACUGCAUCUGUCACCAGUGGUCGGCGAAAGAGUUCUUCACGCCAAAAGGACCUCCGCCAAAGAGCCCAUACUCAAGCACACUCGAAACAGCGAGAGAUCGCACGUGCCAAAGUUGCCGCCGAAAAACAGGCACAAGCUGAAUAUCGUAGACUCGACGAAGAAGUCAACAAGAUUGAGCGGCGACUUGAGGCGAUCGAGCGGGAAUUCCGCAAGUUGCUUGGAGCAAUUCGGGUCAAACCGUUAGGAAAGGACCGAUUUCACAACCGUAUUUGGUGGUUCGACGGUCUCGGUUCAGCAUCACUUCUAGGAAGCGGUGGUGUUGUUCAAUAUGGAGCUGGAAGAAUAUUCGUGCAAGGACCAACUCAGAUGGACGUAGAGCUGAUGUCGAAGCAUGAUGAUGACAUAGACACUCGGAGACAAGAAGAAGAAGGAGAGGGCAUGCUGACUCCUAACGAAUGGGCCGUGUAUACAGAACCAGAAGAGAUCGAAGAGUACGUGGCCUGGCUUAAUACGAAAGGCAUUCGAGAACUCGCACUCAAAAAUGCCAUGAUGAAAUGGUGGAACCACAUCGCUCCAGGAAUGCGUAAACGCCUCUCGGACGUUAACGUUACUGCCAGACUACCAGAGGCACGUCGUUCGACACGAGUGAAGCAAACAAGUGGCCACGAUAUUUCACGUGAACCGUACAUGAUGUGGACUAAUCGUCGAGCCGUAAACUCGUCUUGAUGUCGGUGGUCGUGGGACUGUCCAUUGUAAAGUCUCGCCGAAGCAUUGGGAUGCUUUCGUGCCUCUCGCAUACACUUGCAAUGUGCCUUUUCUCUCAACUAUCACAUGCACCCAAUAGAGUAGCACACAAUACAGUGAGUAUUUAUUUUAUAGUUUGACUUUGACUUGGCGUACCAAGAUACCACUGUGCGCAAUGUAAUCCUGUCGUCCUGGUUUUACCUCCUUGCAACUG